GCCGCAAAGACUGCACUUUCCAUGCCACAGUUACGUACGAUGGUGUUAUGGAACGGUCGCCAGGGAGAGGCCUUUAAGUUUUUCUACCAUGCAGCAACAUCUGGUUACGCCUGUAUAGGAUGGCGUGGAACAUGGGAGUUCGAGCUGGGGUCUGAAAUUCAACAGGAUUGGCAUGGCGUUCAGUAUGACCUUCAAGUGAUCCGAGAACAUAGGAUUUCGACAUAUAUUGAGUCUCAUGCCCACGCGAUUGAUCUCAUGGACUCACCGUCAGGCGUAGUUGAUCCGGUAUCAGAAAGA